AUGGAACACCCAGCUUGGACACUUGGAGCUUUGGCUGCCCUAGGAGGUAGCAUGGGAUACUUGCGCAAAAAAUCGCUCCCAUCUUUGAUGGCUGGUUUGGUUUUUGGAGGAGUAUACGGCUACGCCGGCUACUUGCUGCACAAGAACGCGGACGGCGGGCUGGAGCUGGCGUUGGGGGCCAGUUCGCUGAUGUUGGUGACCGGUGUGAUCCGUGGGGUGCCCUCGCGCUUCUCGAAGCCGGUUCCGCUCGUUUUGACGGUGCUUGGCGGAGCCGGGACCGCAUACUACUUCAAGAAGUACAAGGAAUUCUACCCAUGA